UACAUUAUUGGAGUGCAUGACUAUAUUGACGACUCAGCCCACGAAGAAGAUCAAUAUGAGAACAAUUCUCACAAUAAAGCCGUUGCCCUUCUCGUGGCCGUCGGCUAUCGACGAUCUCAUCGCUUCUCUUAUAAAACUCGAUAACGCUUUAAUGAAAGAGAAAUUCAAAGAGUCUCCGAUCGCAUGGAUGGUAACCGCACACCUGAUAGUACCGCCCAAAUGCCAGUCCUGUAAUAAAGGCAUCUGUAAUCAAGUGAACAAAACACAGAGCACUAAAUACGAGUACUGGAACUGCAAUUUUUCAAAAUGCAACGCUUCGCGUGUGAUCGAUAGGCCGCCGAUCUUCUCGGGCCCCAAGUUUGACAUCCCGUCGUCGAAGUUGUUGUUCAUAAUCUAUUACUGGUCUAUUCAAGUGGAUGUCGAGGACCUCAUCAAAAGCGGUCAGAUAGAGAUGGGAACCGAAAAGAUAUUCAACGUUUGGCAACAAUUGCAAAGAGUUUGUUCGUUCGCUUUGCGCACAAAGGACUCAACUCUGGGCACAAAGACCAAAGACGUGGAGAUCGCGAGCGUUCGGCUCUCAAACUUCAUGAUCUUGGGUGCGAUGGAGACGUACACUAAUCGCGUCAAGUUCUCUGUCGUCACGUUGUCUCACAUCACGGAAACAGAGGGCAAACAACUCAUUAUUGAGCCCUUUGUUAAGUGGAUAACGAGGGGAACCACAGUCAAGACGUGCGAACCCAAGUUCUUGGCGCUCAAAGAGUACGGCUUUAACGUAGUAUUGGUGCCGAAGAGCGUAUUCAUGGCACAGGCUAUCAAUACGACUGAUAGCACUCGUGUGAAGUCCAUCAGUGGUUAUAUGACACAUCAUUUGAUGAAGUUUUUUAAAGAGUUUGAAUUGAAUUCACUUACGGACAGUCUUUUGGGCAACAUUUUGGACGAACUCCUGUGGAGAGAGCGUUACGGAUCCAAUCCAUUCACCGCUUUCUAUAGUAUAAUUAAACACAUCUCAGAGCAGUGCGGGCUUCAGAAAUACGACAGUAUACCACUUUCGGCCACCUUUGGGACGCCUCCUCCCGCUCGACCGCCGCCCUCAGGCCUCCAGACGUAUAGCGGUGCCAAUCGUCAACCAAAUCGACUUUUAAAUCCUAUACAACCACUAAACGAAACCAAUUCUGUAUUCGUCGACGAAUACUAUUAUUCUUCGACACAAUUAAAGAAAGAAUUUGCCAAAAAUGACGCCCCGGAAGAAGAAUUGGCUAAAGAUAGCCUUCAAUGCCAUUUGUGUCAAAUGUUUUUUAAUAAUAUUCUGAUUAUAAAGCAUUUGGUCGAACACUUGGAGGUGGAGAGAGGCGGACGAGUUCGCAAAGGAGAUAAUAAUGAGACCGAAUGUAAACACUGUUUGCGAUUUUUCAAUAAUCGUACGCUUCAUAUGCACGAAGAACUGACAAGUCUAAAAGUGAUACCCUAUUCGUGCCGUAUUUGUAUCGUUCCCUUCUAUGCCAGACAGCCAUUCAUACAACACAUGAAAACAUCUCAUUAUGCGGGAGAGAUGCCAUAUUAUUGUGAUAUUUGUUCAUAUCGUUCAUCGUUUCAAAAGAACCUUUUGGAUCACUUCGAAGCUAAACACUCCAACACGAGUCAACUGAUGUGUCCCUUCUGUAUCCGAGUGUUUCAUUUGUCCAAAUUUAAGAAUUUGUCUCAAUUUGUUUACCGUCAUCUUCAGACCCAUUACGCUAUCGCUUCCGUUUACGACUGCGAUAAGUGUGUCCUCACAUUCAUUUCCAAACCAGAUCUUAAGGAACAUUGUUUUAAAGGACACAAUCCCAGCGCUGCUGUCGAUGAAAAGUUUGAAAUCGAAACAUUCGUCGUUCAGGAAGAGGACAGACAGCUGUGUGUGAGAGCCCGCGAAGAAGAACUCUUCACUCCAUUCUUACCAACAUUUGCCAACAACGGUCUCAUGCCUCUCAUCAACUCCAAUACAGAGACUACUGAUGACAACGACAACAAUUUUGAAAUGAGUUAUACGCCAGACAUCAGUGAUUUCUUAUCUAUGGAACCCGUGUGUCAUAUCUCUCUUAAUGAAGACAAUAUGCCGUUCGAGAACUUCAUUCUUCCCGUAGACUGUGAUUAUAGUGAGAAACAGUUGACACAAAUGCUUUCCGCGAGUUUUCAAUUGAAGCCCAACUCCGAGGACGUGGAGGAAGGCGUUAAGACAGAGAUUCUCUUCAAUGACAAGACAACUGUCUCUUUCACUGAACACACGGCGGGCGCCCACUCGACGCCCAAACAACUGGUCAACGAGAAUACAGUGCAUAGACUUUAUUCUCAGUUCGUUACAUAUGACGUCCGUUGCGGUGACUCUGACUGUAACUUCACGGCAACCGAUGGCAACCAAAUGGCAAUUCAUAUGAUCAAAGAAAAUCACUUCAUCUCUAUCUGCAAACCAUUACAUGAAACCACUCAACAAUUAGGCAAUGAUUUAAAACAAAAUCUCGACAAUAACUUAACACAAGAGUCGGCACCAGAUUUAGCUCAAGAUAUGCCACAAGAAGUGACGGAACAAAGCACUGAAGAAAUACGUGAUAAAGAAAAUGACAACAAAUCUGUGGUAAAAAUUGAAAAAGAAGUCGAAGAAAAAACCGAUGAAAGAGUUGACGAAAGAGACGAACAAAAAGUUGACGAAAUGUCCGAAAGAGUCGACCAAAAGGUUGAGGAAACGACUGAUUGAUUACUUUUUAACUUUUAAUAAAAGUUUGUAUAAUCUGUUAUUGAAUUUGGAAAAUAUU